CUGAAUAAGAGGCUUUUUCCAAUACUGUCACUGUGCAAAUGGAGUGAAACUAGAAGCAGUUCACGGUCCCUCUUGAACAUGGUUAACACUGUCCCCAAAAAUGACUCACCCAGUAAUACCUUGAAUUGUGAUGCAGUCAGAUAUAUUUCAAUAUCUGUUAGCUUAAUGCGAAAACACAAUCAAAUUUCCGUCAGCAGGCUAAUGAAAGUAGCAAUAACACUUUAAGCAACAGAUAUUUGAAGAUAAAUGGUGAAGCAAUCCACGUAGAAAGAAAAUAAAAACAUACUUGGGCAUAUAUUCUUUAUCUGAUGAAAAAAUAAACGUCAAACUGUUGUAGCUCUGUGCAUCAUUUAAAUUUAACGGUAAAAAGAAUUAGGAAGGUUAUGACUUUGUGUCACAUUUAACCUGAACAGUUUGGAAGGUAAUUUUAACAGUCUGCUUGUGAACGCAACUCGAGCUGGAGCGAAAGGAGCUGCCCCUCUCUCAACAGCAUCAAAUUUUAUCUUCUCCCUGGGAGGAAUAUUCCUCACUGUGAGCUCCGGCUGCAAUUCUGCAACAGAAUGAAACCCUUUUGUAGCAACCCCAACAAGUCGAACAUGCGGGUUUGAGCCUUCGUCGUUCACGGAUGCGUCUGGUGGCGCCUGUCGCCUGAGACAUCGGUUGCAAUCCGCGGCGAGACGCAGACGGAUGGGGGAGCGGUCGGACCGAGCCCCUCUGCUGGACUGGGAAGAGGUCCCGUCCGCGGAGAAGCCCACCGGUGUUGACUACAGGGACCGGCUAGCGAGUCCCUCCGACAGCCGCGGUCCGCCGGCUGUCUCCGCGCCGGAGCUUGGGUGGAGCGGCGCUCCGGGGGGUCCAGACGGCUGCGGCGCCCCACCCGCAACCUCCAUCACUCAGGCGGGCGCGGAUGGAAUACGGCGACCCGACGCGCUGGAACAUCCCUCGGAUUCAGGACCCGGGGAUGUGCCGCUGGAAGAUCGGAUGGUGACGUGGGAGGAAAAGGAUCAAAUCGUGUCGGUUUUUGUGGUUACGUUCAACACGAGAACAGGAAACAUGCUUGAGUGGUGCCUACCCAAGGAUAUAGACCUGGAAGGAGUGGAGUUUAAAGCCAUCGCCAGCGGCUCCCACAGAGUCACCACAGACUUCAUCUACUUCCGGAAAGGCUCCUACUUCGGCCUGGCCUGUUUCGCCAACAUGGCGGUGGAGAGCACAGCAGAGCGCGGCGCCAGGAUGAAGUCGGUGGGCAUCCUGUCGCCUUCCUACACUUUGCUCUACCGCUACAUGAGCUUCCUGGAGCACCAAGUCAGGCUCCAACUUCAAUCCCCAGGCCACUACUCUCCUUUGGAGGCCUUCUACGAGGACAAGAGGGCACUGCUGCUCCCUAGUGGCGAUGACGUCGUUUCACUUUGCCCUAUCAGUGCCUGGGGGGUCGCCAUCAACCAUAGCAUGCAUCCAGAAAUGAAGAUCACCCACCCGGCAGGCUGCAUGUCCCAGUUCAUCCGCUUCUUCGGCGAGCAGAUCAUGGUGCUGUGGAAGCUGGCGCUGCUGCGGCGGCGAAUCCUCAUUUUUUCUCCGCCGCCCGUGGGCGUGGUCUGCUACCGAGUGUACUGCUGCUGUUGCCUGGCAAACAUUUCCAUCCCGGGAGUGGGCGUGGCCGUGCCCGAGUUCAGGCCUUUCUUCUACGUCAACGUGGCUGACAUUAGCGCGCUGGAGAAUGAGCUCUCCUAUGUGGCAUGUACGACCGAAAAGAUCUUCGAGGAGAAGCGGGAUCUCUACGACGUCUACGUGGACAAUCAGAACGUCAAGACUUACAGGGAGGGUCUCAAACCACUGCUCCGCAUCAGCCCAGCCGACCGGGAGAAAUAUCGCAAGCUCACUGAGGAAAGGAAGAUGCUGUUGUACUCUCAGGAGGAGAAUGGCGACUGCGUGUCCAGUGAAGAGGAUCUCUUUAUUCUGUUUUUCCUGGAGCAGAACAACCGGAUUUUCCAGACCCUGAACGAGGUGGCCGCCAGUCCUGACCCGACGCUGACUACGGAGAGCAUGAGGGCCAUGGGACUGGACCCGCACGGCGAUCGGCUCUUCCUGCUCCACCUGCUGGAGAUCUACGGUUUUGACGCGCUGCUGGUGUCCGACCAGCUUUGCUGCAGCUGAGACGCCGAUUCCGCCUUCUGGAUGGCUUCUCGGCCGCAAAUAGCCGCCUCCUCAUUUAUUAAUUUUUUUUUUAAAUCUUCCUCUGCUGCCAGUGGGUCGAGCAACCCCCGCCCCCCACUCCAACCUGGAUACUGUGUUGCAUGACCGGUGAACACAGCCUGCCGUUCUGUAAAUAUUGUUUUGCCUUUCCCAUGUGGGUCUCCUCAGGCCUAGUUGAAGCAUUUAUGUACAAAUCAACAUUUCAUUUGUAAAAUGUGAACACUGUCGUUGAAGGAUGUAUCUGUUUUUUUUCUUCUUCUUAACCAUAGCUGAGACCAAAUUGAAAUCUUUUCAACGGGCUCAAAGUGGCGUCGACACGGAUUUAUUUAGCCCGCUGCCAGCUGAGCCUCCGCGUCCAACGUCCAGUUGGAGUUGGAACACUAAUCAAGACGAACGCAGGCCCUUGGGGAGGAAGCUAAGUCAUUUUCUGCUAGCUUUCGUGGUACCUUGACUUACGAAUGUCAUUUGUUUAGCAUCCAUCACUCAUAUCUUAAAUCAUCUUGCCCCACUGACGUGAAUGAAAAUCAACAACAAAAAAAAUAUGUAGAAAUUUUAGCAAGGACAUAAAGUUACAAAUGACUUGGGCCAGUAUGCUACCAUGCUAACCUUUUUUCCUCAAUAUUGAUGCUACUUUCAUUACCCCCCCCCCAAUUUUGCUGCUGUGGACUGAAAAUUUCCCCAAUGUGGGACAAAUAAAGGUUAUCUUAUCUUAUUAGCCCCCCUACAGUAUUUCCUAUGAUGUAUUAUCAUUAAGCUAGCAGACUUUUAGCAAAGACCACGCUACGGUACUCUGUGUAGCGCUUGACCAAAAAAAAAACAAAAAAAAUAACCCGAUUUGAAUAAAGCUCCUUUAUUUGAUUUAAAAUAUGAGUAACUGCCAUCGUUUCACUUUGAAACAUUGAAUUGUGUUUUGGUUUCGCUUUACAGCUCAUUUCAGCUGAGUGGCCAUAAACACAACAGUUAGCCGUAUUCUCUCACUUUUUUUUCUUAACAAAACGUCAAGUUAGAGCAUUCUUAAGUCAAAGUACCACUGGAGUUUCCCUACGGCUACAUAUAACUAUUGAACACCGGAUCAAAUGAAUGUGUUUACUAAAAAGCAAUUCCAAUCCAGUAAAGCCUCAUUGUUUUCCCCGACCGAAUUGUACAGGGCUCAAGCAAACCUCUUACUAGUAGCAGUAGGGGACACUCUGGUUCAUGUUAAAACUAUUUAUUUAUUUUACUGUCAACCAUUUCAGAAAUAAAAAGUGGCCCCACCGCCUGUGAGGAAA